UCUUGGGCAAUUUUCUUAGUUCGUCUAUCCCGCGGAGGUGAAUUCACCAACGACGCCCAAGCCUACCGGUGUCCGAACGACAUCCAUCAUACUACUCGCCGUUUGGUUGUCGGCCUGGUCUGGCACACCGACUCACUGAGCUCAAGCUCGGUACCGUUACCCGGAGCGCGCUCCAAUGCGUCCGAUCUCGGCUUUUUGAUUAUCAUAGGUAGUUGGAAACACGGUCCAGCGGGGGCUUUGACAAUGCGGGCCAUCUUCAAGGCCCGCAACGUCUUCGUUCUUCUUCUUCCGUAUGACCCCAUCGUAUCUACAGAUAACGUUCUUCGCAGGACUGGCGGCUCUCACGCUGGGCGAACAAGUCGCACUCAACACCGAGGAUGCGAAUGUCACGGCCGAUAAUAGGACAGACGCGUCCAUCCUGGAGUCGUUUGCUGCCCCGGCUUCCCCGCAGGCGUGGAUGCAGCAGGACUGGAAUGGACUCACGACCUUCGCAGGCGCUACGCCGCUGAGAUGCUUCGGCGCCGACGCAGCCACCUUAUAUGAUGUCGCUGUCCUAGGUGCCCCGUUCGAUACCGCUACGACAUAUCGCUCAGGGGCUCGGUUCGGACCCAAUGGUAUACGUCAAGGAGCAAGGCGCCUGGGGAUCUCGAGGAUUAACGUACCUAUGAAGACUCGUGUGACCGACCAUCUGGAAGUCGUCGAUUGCGGGGAUGUCCCUAUGGUAUACAUUGACAACAAGGUGGCUCUCCGUCAGUUGGAGGCGGCCUCGUCUAUAUCGCUGUCUCGGAAGAGCCUUCGAUCAUACGAAGGAACAAGCAUUGCAAAGGAUGGUUCAUUUCAUCCUCGGAUAUUGACGCUAGGCGGAGAUCACACAAUCACACUCUCGAUGCUACGUGGGAUCGGGAAGGUAUAUGGGCCUGUCAGCGUGAUUCACUUCGACAGCCACAUUGAUACAUGGAAGCCAAGACGAGCACCGGAAGGCCCCUGGCUUCCAGACGAGGAGAUCCCGGUCACGCAUGACAACUACUUCUGGCACGCGCACGAGGAAGGCCUUCUCGCUGCUAACCACUCGAACAUACACGUCGGCAUCCACGGAGCCCUCGACAGCUGGCAAGACUACGAAGACGACUACGAGGCCGGCUUCGUCAUUAUCCAGGUUGACGAGAUUGAGGACAUCGGGUACAAGGGCAUCGUCAAGAAGAUUAGAGACGCAGUUGGCGACAACCCGGUAUACAUCUCCUUCGACAUAGACGUGAUAGACCUAGGAAUGGCCCCUGCAACUGGGACACCCGAGAUAGGAGGAUUCACGACGAGAGAGGUCAGAAAGAUCCUACAAGGUCUAGCCGGCUUGAAGAUAGUCGGUGCUGACAUCGUCGAAGUGGCACCAGGCUACGAUACCCAAGCCGAGAUCACCCAAAUCGCCGCGGGGAACAUAGGUUGGGACAUCCUCGCUUUGAUGGCCAAGACACCUUUGGUUUUAUGACCGGAAAUCGGCUGGGGUCAUAUAAUUGUGUAGUCCAUGAGCAGUGUUAAUCAGUGCAGCAUCAGUCAUAGAUAGAAACGGGAUGAAUGCCCUUAGAAUAUGAUGAUUGAGAUUACUUGUACACGGAGGCGUAUCGGUGAUGACGGGAGCACGCCUUCACAUGUCAAGUAUGUAUGUAACAAGGAAGAAUGCUAGCAUUAUAG